AUGGCCUAUGCCUCAGUCGCCCAGGCUGAGCAUGGCGCUGUUUACGAGCCUGUACCUGCCGAUUCCGCCGACCUUCAUGCACGUUCAGCGGCUUCCUCCUCCCGGUCGCCCAUUCUUCCCGAAAUAUCAAGCCCGCCUUUGUCCCUUCCCUUCGACUUGUCCUCCCGAGAUGGCGACCUUCCGAUAUUGUCGCAGGCUGGGUCAGGCUCAAUAGGCGUGGGAUCUUUGCUCAAGUCGUUGUCAUCGUCGCAGUCGUAUCAGAUGGUCGAGGCCGAUGACUAUGAGGAGCCCAUGCCACAGUACCCAGAACAACAGGUCAGGAUGGAUGGUCCUUCGCCGGUGCCAGAACCGGCACCAUUUCAGCCCGCCGACGCUCCAAUCAGAACGGCUUCGAUCAGCCGUCACCUGCCUCUGAAUCACCCUACACCCGAUGCACAGUCGCUGCAAGGGGCACUCGUCAAAAAUGUGGAACGGUUGGAAGAAAGCGCCGAGCGUCUGAGCAUGACCUCGAGCCUGGAGGAUGAGCUGAACAAGAUGAAGCAGGAUCAAAAGCGCCUCGAUCGCCAGUCCUCGGCUCCCCCUGCUCUGGACAACAUCUACCGUCCUUCGGUCCAGAGACAAUACUCAACGGGUUCGUGGUCCAACUCGAUAUUGGGCGUCAAUCACGCAGCCAGGGCGGGGGGAUACUCUCCCUCGGGAUAUAUCACCUCUCCCACCGGCUCGAUACGCUCGGGGCCGUGGUCACCACCUCAGCUUGUCGAAAGACGUUCCUCCCAAGACAGUCGUCGCAGUCACCCUCUACCCGAACCACCUGUCGAAGGUCGCCCACUAGACCUACACCCAGAUCGCCGUUUGUCCGUCUCCGUCUACCCCGAAGACGAGGUCGCCGCGCCAGAGGCAUCGCCGAGGCAUUCUCAUAACUCUACGCACGAGGACAGGCCGCACACUUCUGCUUCGAAUGACACCUACCGUCAAGCGCAAUCUGCGUUUGAGAACUUUGAUGGUGUACAUUACAAUGGGUCAAUGUCGAUCGACGCAGCUGCGUCCCUUGCACGUCAGAUUUCCCUGAGUCAUCCACCUCUUGCACGAGAUUCCAAGGCGUAUAGAGAACCACAACCGGGAGAGCGGAUGAUCUACUAUCCUGCACCGGUGCCUGUUAUGCUCAAUCUGCCUCAGAGGUUGUCGAGGAUGGAUAUCAGUGAGCGUGAAAAGCGCCGACUCCAGGCUCUGAGUACGGUCCCGGACGACUUUCGCAAGUCGGCGGCCUGGCUGGGUGAUCAAGAUCUUGCCAAAUUGCCGGGUCCAAAUACUGCGCUCAAGCUACCUCCUCAACUACGUGCGAGUGCCUUCUUUGACCAGCCGAGCGUGACCAAAGACUUGCAGCUGAAGAACGGCUCAGCCGUCCAAACGCUGGACAGCAUCUUGGAUGCCGCGGCAUACGCGCCCGUCUCUGCAUUUACUGACCACCCCAUAGCCGGCCAAGUUGGCAAGGAGGUCUACGGUCCGGAUGCCUCGCCACGGAAGAGUAUGCAGUUGGAUGGUGUUAAAGCGAAGAAACGUCGGAGCUCCAUCAGCACAAUGCUCAAGACGAGGCGGUCCAGUACUGGUCUUUCUGCUGCGGGUCUGACGCGUUCAAAGUCCAGGGGCUCUCAGAAUCUGGAUGCUGAGGACCAUACAAGUGGAGAUGAACUUGAAAGGGCAGCAGCAGAAUCAAUCUCACCUGAUGCCGACGAAAUACCGGAUGACGAAGAGGACAAGGAUGUGGCUCCGCCAGGGUUCUCUACAGCCCCAACGACUCUACUCGCUGAAUUGCAAAUGCGCAAAGAACAGCAAAAGUUACGAAACCGUACUGCGGCAGAUGCGUUCCCCAAUGGCAUGCACUCGACCUUGCUCGAGCUCGACGCCGUCACUCAACUCCAGCAGAAGGCUCGGAAAACCAAACAUGUCACCCUCGCUUGGGAAGACCAUGAUGAGGCAGACAAGCAGAACUUUGAUGACGACGACAUCCCCCUCGGUGUUCUUUUCCCGGGAAAAGAUAGGACUGAUCACCUCAAUGCUCAUCGGCCGGUCGGGCUCAUGGAGAAGCGAGAGAUGGAGGACAAUGAACCUUUGAGUCAUCGAAGGGCAAGGCUGAGGGGCGAGCCGCCCCAAUCCGCGAAGUCCGAGACCAAGAGCCAAGUCGGCGAGGAGAGUCGGCCACCGGUCCUUGGUGAGGUACCUGGCUUAUCGGAAGAGCCACUUCCCGAAGACGAAGAAGAGACUCUGGCACAACGAGCCGCGAGGAUCAAGCUGGAAAAGGAGAAAGGCACCGGUGGUCACUUCGCAGACGAGGUGGCGUCCCAGCUUGGCAUCAGCAUCAAGAACGACGGUCCAUCGCCGUCGAAGACUCCGGAUGUAGAAGAGACACUGGCCGAACGGAGGAAGAGGCUCAAAGAGGGGGGUGCCGGAGAUCCACGGCUCAGAUCCAUGCAUAGCAUGGCCGAUAUUUUGCAGGCCCAUCCAGUGGGUGUUCGAGAACAGCCAAGGCCAGCUGGAUUGCCUCACCCCAGCUCGACCCAAGUCCACAACCCAACUUACACCACAAUCUGGGGUUCUUCUCAGCCAAACGGUGCUUUCAACGCCUCCUACGCCUACCCGAACAACAUGCCGUACAUGAAUGCUGGGUUUGGCGCUCCCUUGCCGGCAUACUUGCAGCCGACAUAUCCAUACGCAUACGGCAAUCCACCAUACAUAGCUGACCCGAUGAUGGGCCCGCCUUUGGAUCCCAAGCAACGAGCGCAUAUCGAUCGUUGGCGGCAGAGUAUUGCACAGUGA